GCAAGAAAUUCGAGGAGUUCAUACAUGGCGCCUCCAAUACUUUCCCUUGCUCUUCCCUCUGAGACCGGUCGAGUUCUCAGUAUUCAAUCUCAUACCGUCCAGGGGUAUGUUGGUAAUAAAUCAGCUGUCUUCCCAUUGCAACUACUAGGCUAUGAUGUGGAUCCAAUUAAUUCUGUGCAGUUUUCAAAUCAUACAGGAUACCCGACGUUUAAGGGUCAGGUUUUGGAUGGACAGCAACUCUGGGAUCUAAUAGAAGGCCUUGAAGGAAAUGAUUUAUUAUACUAUACUCACUUGUUAACAGGUUAUAUUGGUUCAGUUUCUUUUCUAAACACUGUAUUGGAAGUCAUCAGCAAGCUUCGCUCAAAAAACCCUGAGCUUACAUAUGUAUGUGAUCCAGUGAUGGGUGAUGAUGGAAAGCUUUAUGUUCCUCAAGAGCUGGUAUCAGUCUACCGUGAAAAGGUUGUUCCAGUAGCUUCCAUGUUAACUCCCAACCAGUUUGAAGCAGAACUACUGACAGGAUUCAGGAUUCAGUCUGAAGGAGAUGGUCGGGAAGCUUGUAAGUUUCUCCAUGCAGUUGGGCCUUCAAAGGUUGUAAUUACAAGUAUAAAUAUAGAUGGGAUUCUUCUCGUUAUUGGCAGUCAUCAAAAGGAACAGGGACAGCCUCCCAAACAAUUUAAGAUCGUGAUUCCGAAAAUUCCAGCUUAUUUUACGGGAACGGGAGAUCUCAUGACUGCACUUCUUCUUGGUUGGAGUAAUAAAUACCCAGAUAACCUUGAGAUGGCUGCAGAACUCGCAGUGUCAAGCUUGCAGGCACUUUUGCAAAGGACACUCCGUGACUAUACAAGCGCUGGACAUGAUCCCCAGUCAACCAGUUUAGAAAUCAGAUUAAUUCAAAGCCAGGAUGAUAUUCGCAGCCCACAAGUAAAAUUUAAAGCUGAAAUAUACAGCUAAAUUGGUGAUAUGAUUUGAACAUGUAUGUGCCUGUAUAUUAGUAAAUUUUUUUUGAAAGGGUGUUACGGAAAUUACAAGAAAUUAAGAAGGAAAGUUGCUUCAUUUAUCACCUAUUUAUUGGAGUGUUACUAAAAGGCAACUCUACUAUUUACCAGG